AUGCCCUCACGUCGCAGCCAUACAAAGUCCCGGCGAGGUUGUUUUCAAUGUAAGCGGAGACAUGUCAAGUGCGACGAGGAGCUUCCUAGAUGUAGUCUUUGCAGGAAGCGAGGCCUAGAUUGCGACUAUCCGCAGUCCGGGGACGCAGAUGGCCAGCUUCCUCUCACUCCACAAGGCUCCAAUCAACAUAAUGACACACUGACCAGCUCCGAAGGCUGGUCCGCACAGACGCGGAUGCUAGAGAUGAAACUCUUCCAUCAUUACACUGUCGAAGCCUCAUUCACGCUGCGACAAGAUGUCCUAGAGGCCGGCCAUUUCCAAGUGGCCGUCCCGCGCCUCGCAACAUCAAAUCCCUUCUUGCUGGACAUUUUGCUCGCAUUUGCAGCCCUGCACCUGGCGUUCCUCGAGCAAGGCGAUAGCAAAUGGCUUGAGAUUGCACUCAAGUACCAGAGUCGUGCAUGCUCAGCCUUUAGUCGGGUGCUGGCCGACCUUGCGCCCGAGACUCUGGGGCCGGCGUUCAUUUGCUCGAUCUUCAUCAUGCUCUGUGCAUUUGCGUACCCGUGUGUGUCGCAAAACCGGGAUACGUUCGAUCCGCUUCUGCAAGUGCUGGAAAUCAACCGGCUACUUACCGGAUGCGCGUUCCUCUUUGAGCAGCUAGACAGCGUGGAGCAGCCAGAGGAGAUCAAGGCGUGGUUUAUCUAUAAACGGAGAGUGGUGCUUCUGAAACAGGGGCAGGUAGAGGACGCGCAGGAAGACCCUGGUCUAGAGCAGUUACAACGGGACCUGCUCAAGUCACUCAAUCAUCUCCGCAGCUCAAUAGAUUCGACAGAGUCCCCGCACAAAGCGAUAUACCUCAGCACCUGGGACACGCUGCAAGAAAUGGUCAAGGAAUGGCCGCGCGGGAGGAAUCAAGGCGGAAUUCUGGCGUUCCCGAUCCACAUCAGCAAGGAAUUUAUGGCGCGACUGCAGGAGGGAGACUGGAUAGCGCGGAUUCUAUUCUUGCACUACGGCGUUGGGAUGCAUCUUCUUAGUAAUAAGUGGUAUGUGGGAACCUGGGGUCGCCGCCUGGUUGCGACGGGGCUUGGGCCACAGGAGGAGGUACCUGAGGUUUGGCAGGAGACGGUCCAGUGGGCGAGGCAGGCAGUUGCCUAUACGGUGCCAUAUGACGGGGAGAGACAGAAGGAGAAGAGUGAGAUGGGGUUAAGGUAA